AUGAGUGAUGCUGCCGGGGGCGGUGGUGGAGGAGGAGAAGCGCAGAGCCACCGCGGCUUCUCCGCCGGUGGCUGCGGGAGAAGCGGCUGUACCUCGACCGGGCAACGGCGGCAGGGCGCGGCGACAGGCGGCAGGCUGGGGGCGGCCAAGGGGCCCGGGGUCGGCAGCAUGCCGGCAGGGGAAAGGGACAAGGAAGAAGCGUUGCCACCUCCUCGCUCUGCUGCCCUGCUACGGUGGGACGAGGUGCCUGAGGACUUCGUGGAGUGCUUCAUCCUCUCGGGCUACCGGCGGCUGCACUGCUCGGCGCAGGAGUGCCUGGCCUCGGUGCUGCAGCCCACCAACGAGACUCUUAACUUCUGGACCCACUUCAUCCCGCUGCUGCUCUUCCUCAACCGCUUCGGGCGGCUGCUGCUGCGGGGCGCCGGGGAUGUGCCCUUCCAUCACCCGGCCCUGCUGCCCCUCUGGUGCUAUGCCUCGGGGGUGCUGCUCACCUUUGCCAUGAGCUGCACGGCCCACCUCUUCAGCUGCCUCUCCCCGCGCCUCCGCGCCACUUUCUUCUACCUGGACUACGCCUCCAUCAGCUACUAUGGCUUUGCCAGCACCGUGGCCUACUCCUACUACCUGCUGCCAGGCCUGAGCCUGCUGGAUGCCCACGCCAUGAGCCACUAUGUGCAGCAGCAGCUGGGCUGGCAGCUGGACUGCAGCCUGCCCAUCGCAGCCUUCCGUGCCCUGGUGCUGCCUGUGGCCCUGGUGCUGGCUGUGGGCUGCACAGCCGCCUGCUGCCGCAGCCGUACUGCCUGCUGUGCCUACCCCUUUGCUGUGCGCACCUUCGUCUUCGCCAUGCCAUUGAGCAUGGCCUGCCCCAUCAUGCUGGAGAGCCUCUUCUUUGACCUUCGCACCCGCAACCCCACUCUCUUCGUCUACUUCUACCGACGCUACUUCUGGCUGCUGGUGGCUGCCUUCUUCAACGUCAGCAAAAUCCCUGAGCGCAUCCAGCCAGGGCUCUUCGACAUUGUGGGGCACAGCCAUCAACUUUUCCACAUCUUUACCUUUCUCAGCAUAUAUGACCAGAUGCACUACGUGGAGGAUGGUCUGGCUGAGUUCCUCAAAGCACCCCAGGCUGCCCCCACCUAUCUGGGCACCGUGGGAUAUAUGCUGCUCCUGACAAUCUGCCUGGCCCUGGUUGUCAGGAGGUACCUCAAUGUUGCAGAUCUCUGCAAGCAGGACUAGUUAGGCUGGCAACCCUCAGGACAGCAACCGCCAUACCAUUCACCCUUGGUCCGGAGGGUGAUGAUGAUCCUCAGACUGGCAACCCUCAGACUGGCCCUACCAUGUCCUGAAAGAUGCUGUGAAACCUCGGGGAAAUGCACCUGUGGAAAAUCCAGGUCCCGUUUGCAGAAUGUUACCAGAGAAAAUGACCAUGGUGGAACUGCUUGUGCUCUUUAAACUACUUGGUUACCAGGGGAAGUAAACACUUACUGGUACGUUACUGCUUAGAGUAGAUGCUGAAAUAAUUUAGCUCUGCUGCUGGGAAGAAUGCAUGGACUGUGAAUGCCACUUACUAAUUUCAUAAGAAUUAGAUUUACAAUAGCUCUUGGAUAUACAUAUAUAUAUUUAUAUAUCUAGCUAUAUAUUUAUUAGCUACAUAUUUAUGUGUGUGUAUAUAUACACACCUGAAGACACUUGUGCAAUGAUUACUUAGACUUGAUUAAUCAACUCCUACGUCAAAUUUCCUAGCAGAUUAUGCACUGGCAUUUAUCUUCCUCUGUGAUACUUUAACAAGCCUUUGCAACCACAUACUGGAUUUUAAAUGCAAACAAAUCAAUAGCUAUCUAUAGCUUUUAAGGUCUUGCAGCCUUUUCAGCCAGGGAACAAUAGAUUUAGGAGAGAGAGGAUAAACAGCUGUGAAUUAUUACAGAAUUACCAGCUGAUGGAGAGACUUUAAUUAGACAGUGAGUGGUUGGUGUAGCCACUCAGAUACUAAAAUAAAAUAAAGGGAUACGUAGAAUAACUGAACCAGAAAGGGGCCAAACUACUUUGGAGCGCGGGCAGGGGGGAGAAGGGCACUGCAUAACAGCAUAGCUCUUCCCCCAGCACGUCAGGAACAUCUGCUGUGUUAAGGAGGUUGCUAAGGGGCCCCUUUAUCUUCCCUGGUAAAUCAAUCCCAAAUCAACCCUUUAGCAUCAAAGUCAGAUGCCAGACUUUCUAUAAGCCCUUGCCAAGCUCGGUGGGAGUUUUGUGGAUGUAAAGAGAGGAGCUGAUGCAUGAGGUCUCAUUCUGGAUCUUUUAAAGAAUGAUAUGGAACUGGUAUCUCUGCUCUUUAAUUAGAACACUGCCAGAUUUACCAUUCUAAAAUUAGUUGCAGAAUAAGGUACUGCUUAAUCUGAGUUCUGGACCCGAAAUCUCUCUCUACAAGUACCAAAUACUGGCACUUUCUCAUCAUUCCCCACCUAUUCUUGUUUUGAUUAGUUGUGGCUGCAGCUGAGUUUGAAGACCUCACUCACAAGUUUUGAGGGAGUCAAAGGCAAGAAUUACGAGAUAUUUUCCAAAUCUUUUCACACUAACCCAGGUAUUGUCCUUCUCACAUGACAGUUAACUAUAGAUUGAAUUUAGUCUCUAUAUAAUAGAGACAUUUUUGUAAAUUACUUGCAAAUUUUAAACAUGUAUUUUGAUUUUUGUCUGACAGAACAAGUGACAAAUAUGCAAUAGUAUUAUGCAAGAGGGUUACAACUUUAAGUUUAGGAGAGAAACUACUUGUAUAUCCCAUUAAAAAAAAAAAAAAGGGUGAUACUUCCUUAGGAAACACUGAUAUACUGCACAACAGUGUGUUGGCUCUUAACCUCAGCCUCUUUGCCCAUAUAGUUGAAAUGGAUUUCUGCUUGGGCCUUUCCCAUUUUUAUGGAUAUAGCAUCCAAACCCCAAGAAAAUAUUUUGAGCCCAGUCCCCUAGUCUUCUGUAAGACAAAGCCCCCUUUGUUUAUAAUGUGAAUAUAGAAAGGGCCGUAUCUAGAGAUGAUGCAGCUAAAUCCUUCAUCUAGGUAAGAAUAAUCACGGAAAGCAGUAAUUGAUAUGUCCUGUACCGAUAUCAGUUUUGAGAAAACUUCCCCAUGAAAAAGAGUAAGCUAAAGGGAAACUACAUGCACUUUGUUUUAUCACAACCCAUUUUAACUAGAAUGGUUUGAGAUUCUCAGUGAAUUAUGAGAAUGGCCUAACAAUAAUACCCUUUUCCAGGCACAAUUCUGCCAGUAUAUAAUUUGUGGUAGGGUCACAUGUGGUCUCUUACAGACACUGGCUAGUUCUUUCUGAAACAGCAGUUCCCAAACCAUGGCCUCUUGAGUUACCACUCAUAGGCCAUGAAAACCAGCAUGGCCCCUUGGGGCUGUCAGUGUUCUAUUUUCAUUUGCCAACCUGCAUUAAAAGAAAAUUAAAACUACAGGAAGUAUUUUUAACUUUACAUCCUUUUAUUAACUUUUGUUGUAAAUAUGGCAUUGCUUGAUUCAGCCACCAAUAAAGCAGAAAAUGAUCUGCACUACUGGAAGAGGAGGCUGGCUCACAACACUGUUAUGCUUUGAAAUGUGCUCCAGAUUGUGAAAAAACACUGGAAACUCAUAACAGAAAGCAAAUGGAUCAAGACCUGUAACAGUGCCAUCCUAUGAAUUUUGACAACUGCAAAAAGAGGUCACAGUCUUUGAGAUGUGCUGUAUUCAAGUUAAAAUAAUAGAGGCAAAGUAGAGCUCAAUGACUCAUCCAAGUUUCAAAACUAAUUAUAUAGAAAGUGUUUGCCAGGGAGAUGCCACUAGCACAUCCAACUAGCAAUUAAAAAGUAAGAAAGAAAUCAAAAAGGCCAGGGAGAGAAAAUCUCGGCAGUAGAAGACAGCUCAGAAACAAGCAACAGCAAAAGCCAAAUGCAAAAAAAAAAAGGACUUUUAAAGCAUACUGUAUAAUGAAUUAUGUUAGUGCUUGUCUUUCACAAAGUAGAGGACAUUUCAAGAGGCAGUGUUAAAAAAGGCUGUUGGUAACUUAUAAGAAUACAUUUGAUAUUUGUAGUUAGGCCACACAGGGUCAUCUAUAUAUAUCUAUCUCUCAACAACAGAUAACAGUGUAAAGGUUAGAUUGCAAGCAACUGCAGUGUUACUGGACUCUUACUGCUGUUACAAAGGUUGCCUGUAAGCCCCAGUUGCACUGCAGAUUUGGUACCUGGCUCUGAUAUUAAGAAUAUUUCUUCAUUUACAAGUUUCUAUUGGCAAAAUGUUGAGGCAUGUGUAUGAGCCUGAGCACUUUGUGGAAUUAUUUGUAAAUGCUAUUUGCAAGUACUGCUCUCUGAGUCACUGUAAGCAGGCUAUGUGAAUCAGGAGCGAAUGGGUACAGGGAGAUGUGAUUAGAUUUUAAGAGUUCUCAUUUAUGUGUUUGUUUGUUUGUUUGCUUAAAAUGUGGCUACAAAUCCAAAAGUUACAGUAAGUGUGGAGAAUAUCUAGGGAAAUGCCUGAGCGUCUGUGUUUACUCAGUGAAGGACAUGUAUGCAAAUAAUUGCUCUGUUUUCCAUGUCCAGUAGUCAGUCUCUGUAAACACAGACAGAACAAAACUGAGAGAGUUUAAAACUGGAACAAUAUAUCUAUAAUUAUAGUGCUUGACUUUGUGUGGAAGUGAAUGUCAACAUUGACAUGGCUUGUAAGGGAGCGAGAUCUCUUUGUGGUAUGAAAGCACAUCUGGCUGAACAUCUGUAAGCAUUGUCCAGAGCUUAGAAACAAGGCCUAACCUGCAGACUAGAUGCAUAAGGACCCCCUAGAAUACAAAACGUUUUGACUAAGUACCUGUCAUAACGUUUUUAUUGCCUGGGUACCUGUCGUAAGGUCUAUACUGGGGACUCCACAGCUCACCUUUAAAACCUGAAAGACUUUUCAGGCCUUCUCUGGUAGAGUCUGUGUGGAAGAAGACAAUGUGAGGACUGGAAAUGCCUCUGGGUCUUUCCAUCUUUGUCCAGCACUGAUCUUCAGACUGACAUACCUGUGCCAAUGUGAACUAACCUGUUGAUGGGGCCAGUUCCCAGAGUACUGGUGGUACAGGUGCUCCCCUUUGCAAUCAGAACGUGCCUAGAACUGCAGUGUACUCAUUGGCAUAUAUUCAAUAAGCCCAACUUCUGGGCACUUCCAAGUAACCUGUGAGCUUCAAGCUUACCUUUGUGUCAGAUCAGCAUGCCUGGUCUGCAGCAGUUAUCCUGUAUUCUGUGGUGAUGCACUGUUUCUUCUUCUGUAGUGUAUUCAUUUGAAUGCCACCAUCCAGGAUACCUGUGCAGCUCUCAGCUGCUUUGUUAUCAAGACUGGAGUCUGCAAUCUGGAAACGAAGGGAAAGGUUUCAUCUGCAUGCACACUUGUAGAAAUUUAGCAAUUAUACGUAGAAGCACAUUGGGUUUUGCUAAAAAGAUAGUUUUGGUUAGUUGUCUGAGUGUUGUGUUUAUUAUUUAUUUGCUGAAUCCAGCUACUCUGUUGGGAUUUUGUCAACAGUGCACCUGCAAAAAAUGACAGUAUGAAAGUUUUACUUCCUGUUUAAGUAAACUCUCUGAGGUAGCACAUUCAUAAAGUAUUAUUGCACUUAACUCAGUAGAUUACCAUCCACAUGUUUUACAGAAGCAAAGCAUGCCUGGAAUAAUUGCCCAGAUUAUACCAUUUUUCAUUGUCUAUGGGAGUAAAAAUAACCAAGUGGCUGCUAACAAGCUGAGGAGUCAGGCACUCCUGGGUCCUUGUCCCUGCUUUGCCACUAUCUGUUCUGUAAGACUGGGCGUGUUUAAACUGUCCAUUUUGAAUGAAUUUAGCUCAUGUAAAACACUGGAAUUGUACCAGGGUUGAAUUCGACCCUUGGUGUCUCAGUUUCCACAUUUGUAAGAUGGGGAGAAUAUACCUUACCUACCUCGCAGGGUUGCUCUAAGACUAGCUAAUGUUUGUAAAGCACUUAAAAAUGCAAAGACCCUCCUAGGUGCUAAGAAGAAAUAUUACUGAACUCCGGCAGAGAGAAUGUUAUAUUUUUCCAUAGCUCUUCAUCUCAUAGAAAGAGGAACAUGAAUGUUUUCAGACCAUGAACUCUUGAGACAAACCCUUGGCACUGCCAUGCUCCUAGGAGGUUCAUGUCUUGUGUCCUUUGGGGCUGAUGGCAAAAUUUCCAAGACCUAAGUAGUAAUAAAAAGGCUGACUAAAUGUUUGAGGGUCAGGAGUAGAGAAAAAGUCCAUGAGUUAAGUACUCUUCAGAAAUUCUCACUGAUGACUUGUACUGAGGGGAGUUGUAAUGCUGAUAUGAGGCCUUGUUGUUCUUUUAGCCAUGGAUUGUCCGUAGGAUUAUGAUUAUGUCUCAGUUGCCAAUGGGAAUUUUAACCUUCAAUCUACUUCUUGUCAGAACAAAAAGACCUUAAAUAAACGAAUCUUUUAUGUAAACCUGUGUAAUCACUUGGGAACAUAAAAUUGUAUCGAUCAGACAAAGUUUCUCGUUUCCCCUCCCAUUCCCCAAAACAAACAACAUGGAGCCAAUCCUAUUCUUGAGAGGAAACUGAACUUGGAUCUUCUUAUCACAUAUGUUUACUCUUCCUUUGGCAUGGGGCCCUGACUAAACGUACUGCUAACCCAUUCUUGCCUUUUCUUGGAAGGACUGAUACAAACAAUACCAUUCAGUAGAGGACAAUGUUUUUAAGAGCUUCUCUAAUGAGUAGCAGUAGUGGAGACAGAGAAAGACAACAUAGACAUCGAAGGGUUUGAGGGAUUCAUUAAGUCUAGACAUCUACCAUAUGAGAUUCACCCAAUCCAAGUGUAUUCCUAGUUUCUGUUAGACACCUGCAAGUCAGGCCUACUCUACCAACACCCAAGUUACAGCUGAGACGUUACCACCUUCUCCUCAGAUGAGAUGUAAGAAGCUGAGGAAGUGUCACAUGCACUGAAGGACACAGGCCUCCAUUCAAGACAUUUAGUGUCUUGGAGCUGGGCGUGGAAUAAAGUUAAGUUAUUUUCACAACUUGCUUAGAUGCUGCUUCAUUCCACUGAAUUCAGUAAUAAAUUAACAACCCAGACAAAUGAAGCAGGCUUUUGCUCAAAGUACCCUCUGAGGAAAAACCACCAGCAGACUUCUGCUUUCAGGGCAAUUGUUUCCUGGUCCACGCUCAGAACACUGAGGACUCUGAAGUAGGGCUUCAUUAUUUCAUGUGAACGCCUUAGGAUUUGUGGUUGUAGCUAGGAAUUAAUAGUAUGGAGAAACAGUUUAUAGCAAGUCAGUUCUGUCUGCUAGAGAUUCAAGCAUGCUUAGUAAGAGAUAGCACAUUUAAGGGUCUGUGCAUGCAAUGAACAAAAAAAGUGUGAAUUUUGUCUGGUUCCGAACAAAAAGUGUGAAUUUUCUUUGGUUCUGUUGGGAGGGUUUGAAAAUUUGCUCUUUGUACACUUUUGGAUGCUGACUACUGUAUAUGUAACGACUAUGCAUUUUUAGCAAAAAGGGUGUGAGCUAUAAAUAAAGUUGAUUCUGAGUAAAUUUUUGCAGAAAUGUAUUUAUAAAGUGGUUUUUUUUUCAUCAUAUAAAUCAGUGUGACAUCUGUAGGCUCAGAAAU